AUGAUAUCGACAGAAAGUUCCGAUGGAAACUCAUCUAGUCUUACUCCCUCUCGGGUUCUUCUCCAUCCGACGACGCGCCAUCGAUUCUACCUGCUCUUUGUGCCUGUGCAUCUGAUCACUCCAUCCGUGUCUUCAGUGGCUCUGAUCAAUCCCUCGAAUCAGUCCCGCUGUGCCAGUCUAAUCAAUCCCUCUCCACAGUUCCUGUCUGUCAGUUUGUCAAUCUGCCUCAAUCUCUGUCUCUAUCUCCGCCUCUGUCUCUACCUUGAUCUCUAUAUCUCUGGCGCUAUCUCUACCCACGUCUCUGCCGCUAUCCUCACCUCUGGCUCUUGUCUCUGUUUGUUCGUCUGUCCGUCUGUCUGUCUGUCUGUCUGUCUGUCUCUCUCUCUGUCUCUCUGUCUCUGUCUGUCUGUCUCUCUGUCUCUCUGUCUUUUGGUCUCUGUCUGUCUGUCUCUCUGUCUCUCUGUCUUUUGGUCUCUGUCUCUCUGUCUCUCUGUCUGUCUCUCAAACCAAUUCAUUCUGUCUCUCUUCCUCCUCUCUCACUUUUCAUCUCUUGUGGCCCUGGUCGUGCUCAGCAGCUGUGCAAGCGUGAUGAGCGUGCGGGUCCAGGACGAGACGUGUGAUAUUGUGGUGGCUGGGGGCUCGACUGCUUCGCUGGCCGCCGCCAUCACGGCCGCCGAGGCCGAUGCCAGCCUCACCGUAUGCUUUACUGAAAUCACCGACUGGCCAGGAGGCCAGAUGACCGCCGGGGGCGUCCCGGCCAUUGAUUUUGGCUCUUGGAACGGCGAUCCGGAUAAUCAGCCCGCCUCGUUUCGCGAUUUCUUCUUCUCGCUUGAUGGCAACCCUGGUGGCUGUACAGUCUCUACAAAGUGCUACCUUCCCAACAACCUCGUCUCUGAUUGGAUCAUGCCUCGCCUGGCUCGCUCCAAGAAUCUCAAGGUCUUUCUGCGCACUGCCGUUAAGAAUGUGACUCGCGAUGCCACAUCCGGCAAGAUUCUUGGUAUCACGGCCAUCCAACGAACCCCCACAGACCCGACCACAGAAUGGGACCGGCUAUUCAGCCAAGACAUCGAAGAUUGGUACACGGUACAGGAUUCGGUCAACUUUCAAAAAACUGUCAUCAACUUUGCCGGUACCGUUUUCAUCGAAGCCACUGAAUUUGGAGACGUGCUCGUGGCCGGCGGCCUGCCUUUCAACCAGGGAAUUGAGAUUCCCACUGAAGAGGACUGGAUUACCGAUUCCGUAUGUGGCCAGGUCUGGACCACCACCUUCUACAUGGGCUUACUGGCUGAGCCCCCGGCCGAGCCCCAGUUUGUGCCCCCGGGCAACAGCGAAGGCAACCCCUACCCCACGACUCAAGACCCCUCGGAUUGGCAUUACGGCUGGAUGUGGCGGCGCGCUUUUUGUGCAGGCAACAAGAGUGACUGCGGUCCCUCCAACACCAACGUCGGCGACGUGACCCAGCAAAACCGCGAGAACGACCUCUUCACUGGCUAUCCCCUCCUCUCCAUGCCUGAUAUCCUGGCACAAGCGUCAGACUGGAAAGGCGGCGUUGAUGUCAAUGUUCUCUCCAUGAUGGAGCAACGCGCCUAUGCCUACUUUCAUUUCAUGAAUGCAACGGCCCCGGAGCAGGAAUGGCUGUCCCGCAUUGUGUUGAACAAGACCACGCCUGGGACUGGACACGGUCUAUCCAAGUUUCCAUACGUUCGAGAUACCCGCCGCGCCAUUGGCUUGGACAAUUUUAGGCUGACAUAUGCAGCCUUUGACUACUUCAACAUGUCGUCGCCCAGCACUGGCUUCCGCUUCAACGAUACGAUUGCGCUUGGCAAUUACAAUGACGAUGUCCAUCACCUGCACAUCUGCACCUACCCCGACUACAUGCUCAACCAUACAACCAAGCCAUACUACAUUCCGUUUCGCGCUUUGACCGUGGCCAAUGCCAGCAAUUUGCUUGUGGCUGGCAAGACAAUGGCACAGACCUUUCACGGCAACGGCGCCACGCGACUGCAUCCCAGCGAAUGGACCAGCGGCGUGGCGGCCGGAGGUGCAGCCGUGCUCAUGGUGCAUCAGGGGUGGAGCACGUCUCAGGUGUACGACAACGUGGGCGUGCUGCAAGCCUUUCUCAACUCGAGCGUCAUUGGCCAGCCGUUGGAAUGGACGCAGGCCUCUUCACCUGAUGUGCAAAUUGGCUAUUUGUGCGCCUUUGAGCAUUGUAUCGGCACAGACGCUGAUCUGGAUAACCGCACCCUAUUCAAGAACGAUACCUGUUCAAGCACCUGCCCACCCAUGGGAACUAACGACUGGCUGGCCAAUGAGCAAUACUGGGACCUCGGCUUUGACAAGAAAACCGUGACGGCCAAUCGCCCUACCGUGCUCAAAAAGUCUUUGGCCAACUCCAUGACGCUCCCGCCCUCUGAGCUGCUCAGUGUGGCAGCUGGAACCCAGUGCACCAUCUCGUCUGACUCUGGUUUUGGGUAUUACUAUUGUACACUGUCCUCUCCUCUCCCCGCCAAGACGGACAAGUAG